UUCUCAACGGAGUCUCAGCGGCUCUUCUAUUAACUUUUACAAAUGAAAAAACUCCAGGCCUUUGACAACCAGCUGUAUCUGUCACUAAAGAUGACCCCUACCCCAAGCAUGGAGCUCUAUGCAGCUUUUCUUCGAGAGGAGGACGGUACAUUUCUGGUCUCCUUUUGCCCCUGCCGCGAACGUGCCAGCCCAUCCUUUUUUCCCUUCCCGACCAGGCACCACCUAACCAAAGGCUGACACCACGCCCUCCCCCGUACGCGCUCCGCUGCCCAACACCAGCGUACCCCGACUCGCAGCUUCACAGGAACAGAGAACCACUCGCGCCGGUCGGUUGCUCCGACGAGAUCGAACAUCUGAUCUCACCCCGCCAUGUCCGACGACGCGCACGGGCUGGCGCUGGCUCUGGGCCCGGGAGCUGAGAGCUCGCCGCGGUCGACCACGGUCGAGGUGACUCGCGCGGGGGCGGCCGGGCGGCGCACGUCACCCGGUCGGGAGCGCGCGCGCCGGCAGACCAUGUCCGCGCUCUUCGCCGAGCUGGGCGCGCUGCUCCCCGUCGGCCUCCCCCAUCGGGCGUGCAGGGCGGACGUCGUCGACGGGGCCAUCGCGUACGUGAGGGCGCUCGAGGACACGGCCGCCGAGCUCGAGGCGCACAGGGCGAUGUCGGCCGGGCGGGGCCGCGCGCGCGGCGGCGGGGGCAGCACCGAGGUCGUCGCGUCCGGGGAGACGUCCUGCUUCGCCGUCCGGCUGCGCGCGGCCAGGCCGGGCGCGCUCACGCGCGUGCUCCAGGUGUUCCAGCGGCACCGCGUGCCCGUCCUGGCGGCAACCGUGGCGCGAAACGGCGGGGAGGCGGCGGUCACGGUCACCACGGCGAUGGUGGAUCCGGCGCUCGCGGGGAAGAUCGAGGCAGAUAUCAUCAGCAAUGCAUGA